CUCUCUCUCUUUACCUUUAUCUGCGUCGCUCGUUUGUCUCAAUUUACUUUUACUUCCACCAUGGAGUACCAUUUUGUUCCACAAGAAGAGCGCGCGCGCGACGAUAAGGGUAAUCUUUUACCAUGGGGUUAUGUUUACAAGGAUGAGAGUCGCAAUCCCCGCCGUCCUCCUGAAGAGUCUGGGCCAUUUGGCCGCCGACGAAACGCUCGUUACGAUCACGCCCGGUCUCGCACUCGCACGGGUACGCCAGCAAAGAAGGAGAACCCCAGCGUUGCUGAAUUCAGCAGACUUUUUUCAAAACAACAAGAAGACGAGCGGACAAACAAUACUUUACCCAAAUCAUCGUCUUCGUCGACUUUGGAAGGAUCGCGGAAGGUCAUUGAAAAAGUGGCAACUGAGUGCAUUCUCUAUGGGUACAAGAACAAGGAAACAGAGUGGAAGGUCAUUGAUAAGUACGAACGUAUCUCACAAGGCAUGAUAUGUGAGGAUUACCCACGCAAUGACCCUGCUGUUUCCAACAAGUACUCCCAGCUACUCAGUGGUGGUGAUGUCGUCAUACGUGCAAACCUCUCUGCAGACGCCAAUCGCAAGUCGAAGCGAUAUGCUGGCGGUCUUCACUGGAUCAAAGUCACGUUCGACUCUACAAUUGCCGCCGACCGUGCUUGCUUCUUCUCCCCGCAGGAAAUUGAUGGACACCUUGUAUUUUGCGAGCUUUAUCAUGGGCAAGGUCCCGCCGAGGAUAUUCCUAUCCCCAAAGAGUCGGCUGAAGCCACUUGUACUCGCUCCAAGGCCCAUCGCACCCUUACCUCUUCCCGUUCCACGGCAUUUCUUUCAGAUAUUGAACCUGAGUGCUCGACGCUCCCUCGGUCGUUUGGUAUGGGAAAUCUUGCGGCGAUUAAGGAUAUCGACGAAGGCAACUCUCAGUUGUCGACUCCCACUGCCAGCUCAGCUACAGCAACUGCUGUAGCAGCUGAUCCUCCUUCCUCUCUGCGUCAACGCACCAUCCAAGAUACCCAAUUGGAACAGAAACCAGAGUCAGAAUUCAUGACUCACAUGCCCAACGUUCGCCGAGCUGUACUACGUCCCAUCAGCGAAGCCCUUCCCCCUCAACCCACAGUGACUGAACGUUUUUUGCGUUCUAUUCCGAUCUUGAGUUGGUUUACGGGUGAUAUCGUAGGCGAUGGGCCUCAACUUGGUGACGACGGGAAAUUUGACUACAGCAAGUCGUCGUUCUAUUGGCGUUUCUGGUUCAUGAUGGACCAAGUGUUGGGCACCGAUAUUUGCGGAUUGAAGGAGGACUCUUGAAUUGGCAUGCAUCUAGCCUGUGGUGAUUUCCGCGGCUUCAGUCUUGACAUUCGACAUCAUAUGCCCACCGUUCGUAGAACAGAGUUGGCUAUGCCGUGUGGCAUUGAAUAUCCUCAAUGGAUACAAUAUUUGUGCAGCAUCUUUGCUACAUCCUUUUGAGAACCGGUCUAUCUAUACUGUCGACUCCUGUGGUGCACUUCCAUGGACAUUGGUAAAGAUGGAUAUACUAUCUAAUCCCGUGGUGCACUUCCACGGAUCUUGAUCGAGAUGGAUAUCUAUACUAUUUACUUCUGUGGUGUCGAUCCAUGGAUAUUGAUAGAGAUAGAAUUACCAGUCUCGCUACCAAUACCGCUUGGUGAUGCAGUGAUGGACUAUCGCACGAUCAUGUCUUCAGUUGCGAGUCGCGAUACCAACUGCACACUUUUCCUCAUCCUUGUAUGACUUGAUUUAUCUUCAGAUUGCUUGUCACGAUUUCUUGGCGUACUUUUUUUGCAUGAUAUGGCGUUGAAUGUUGUUUCUUUCUAUUACAGGUUGUAUCCUAAACUGGUUGAGAGCAACAAUACAUACUUCAUUUAGAUUGAC